AUGACAUUUGAAGAUUAUCUUGCUCUGAACUUGCAACAGCGGCUCAUGCUGAAUGGCUACGAAUACAACAUUAGUACAUUAAAAUAUGAAUAUGAUCAACACGACGUUGAACAAGAAUUGAAAACAAUUGAAGAAAAUCCAUCAAAAAUGGAAGAAGGCAUAAGCCAGUCAAUUGGAAAAAUUCAUGUAAUACAAUCUCCAUCUCGAUGUUAUUUUGCUGCAGCUCUUACGAAUCUAUUUCUUUUUGCUGCACAAUAUGAAGAACGUCUCGAUGGCUCUAUGGCUAGACGAUCAUGGCAAUAUCCACGAGCUAUUCCAUCCAGACGUUUUACGGCCAUCAGCUAA